AUAUCCUAGUGCACUUAGGUACAGCCAUUAUGGAUCCUGAAAGAGAGAACCAAGAGAGGAAGGAAGACGUACAAAACACAACUGAGCAAAUCACAGAGAAAAUCUCUGAAGAAGUGGGAUUUAUGUGGGAUGACCGGUGGGAGUCCGUUGCCAUAGAGGCUAUGGAAACUUCUGAAUUAUCAGACUCAUCAGCAGUGACAUCAGUGAGAGACAAGAGAGAGUUUUUUGAAGAGACUCAUAAAGCUAAAGUAAAUAARACUUAUGUGCGAAAGGAUCCCAUUGACAUCCCCGAGCGCUUGGGCCCAGAUAUGGAGGAGCUCGAACCAGAAAACCAAGAGAAUGAGAAGCAGAACCUUCCAAAGGUGGACUUGUCUGGAUUAGUCAACAAAUUUGAAACACCAGAAGAGAAAGUUUAUGUCAGAAAGCCUAUCACAAUGAGAGAAAGACGUGGGAGUGAGACGGAAUACACAAAGUCUGACAUAGAAAAUACAGAAACUCAAGAGGAGGAAAUGCUUACUUUUGACAUCAAGGCUAUUAAAAAUGUUUUUGAAAUGAGUGAGCAAAGUCCAUCUUUCAAAGACAAGAAAAAUCAACCAGAUGAGCUGGAGUCAAACCUGAGUGAAAACACAACAGCCAGUUCAAAGCAGGAGAACACCCAGGAGACACAGAGGGGCUCCGGGCAGAUUUCGCCCCUGCCUUCCCAGAUAGAAGUGCAACAAAUGUCAGCAGACCCAACAGACUCUGAAACCAAGUUAGUCACAGAGCAUUUCCUGAACUUAGGUGAAUUAGGCAACAAGACUAUURGAUCACUGAGCAGCACAACUGUUUCCCAGCACUCAAAGAGCGUAACAACCCACCGUCCCCCCUUCUCAUAUGCUGACGUGGUAAAAAAAAAAGUUUCUCAGGUGACGCCGUCUGAAACACCUGAUGAGGCUUCCACUGAAGAGAUGCUGAGGAAUUUCCACAAAACAUGGACGGAGAGUGAGAGUGUUUUCAAGAGUCUCGGCUACAGUGUCUCGGAGGAGAGAACAUCACAUGUUGUGUCACAUCAAAYGAAGACUGUUGUUACUGACUCGAGUACCCAAGUCGGAGCUUUGCACUGUAUGUCGGAGGAGGGUCUAUCCGAUGGAGGCUCUAAUAGCGGACAGAAARAAAUUCCAUAAAUCUUGUUUCUGCUGCGAGCACUGCAGAAAUAAAUUAAGCCUUGGCAACUAUGUCUCUCUCCACGGACAUCUGUACUGUUUACCACACUACAAACAACUUUUCAAGUCCAAAGGGAACUACGAUAAUCGAUUUGGUCAGACACUUCACAAUGAAAAGAAUGUCAAUGAAAGUGGCAGACUCAUCACCUCAUCAGAGCAACUUGAUUGGAGGUAUUCAAGGAGCAGCAUAGGCACAACAGAAAAGGACACCCUUGAAAAAGAAUUUAUGAAAUCAAUUGACGAGAACAAACUAAAUUGUAAUAAGAUAUCUGUUGUGUGGCCUCCACAAGCCCACUCCCCACAGAAAGCCUUUAAAGUAGAGGAGGACAUAAAGCUGACUAAGCCACACUGGCCUCCACAGGACAAUUCCCCAAAGUCACCCAAACAACAACAUAGAAAAGCUAUUUCCAGGAGCUCUCUUUGAAAGAGAGCAUUCCCACCACCAUCAUGUAUGCCACAGAAAACAGACGGAACCACAAGCAGUCGAUGGUAAGGCAACCUAUGAGGGCAAAAAGUUGGAAUUGGGAAAAGUCUGAGAUUGAAGGACAAAAGGACAAGUGCAGUUGAUACGAAGGGAAUAAAUGGUAGAAAUGGUAUAUAUAUUUAUGGUGUGUGAGAGUGGAAGAAGAUGGUUAGGAAAGUACUGAGGGUCAGAGAGAAAGAGGAGUAGAAUGACAGAUGGAAACACGGAAUGUUAUGCUUAGAAAUGGCACAGCCUACCUCAUUGGUCAUUCAAGAUUGAUCAUUGAAGACAUUAGCUCUAGAUUUCACAUGGAAUUGACUCAGAUUACUCAUGUUUACUUGAUCUCUAAAAUAUAAUGUUGAUGUGUUCAAUGGGUCUCAGAAAUAUUUGACUAAUAUAUUUAGGGUAAUGUACUUUAAUUGGUUAAAUGUAUUUUUAUCAAUUAGUUUAAGUCCAUGGAGAGAGUAUUGUAGAUUUYGAACACAGUCAUUAUUUUCUCUUGGCUAUUUCUUUCAACAUAAAGUAUCAACAUUUUUACAUUGAACUUUUUCUAGCACCUGGUGUGCAGCCUAGUAAAAAUGAUCUUGGAAAUACUUUCUUUUUAAUAAAAUACAGUAUAUAUCCUGUUAAUUGGUAUUAAUAUGGUUUGUUUUGGACAUUUGUAUCCUAUUUUAAAGAGCAAAUAUUUUGCAAUGCACAUUAGAUUCUUUAGAUUAGACUACCUUGCUUUGUACAAGAUAAUUCCUGAUUCUUUCAUCCUGUCAGGCUGGUUACUCAACAAUUCUUUCAAAUGUAUUGCUGAUCCAAGGGCAAUAAAAUUAUUGAAUUGGA